AGAACCUCCUCCAGACAGUUGCAUGGCGUUCGUCACCCUAGUCUGUGGAAAGAAGCGUCAACACUUGAGAGUGCCAUAAAUUAAGCCUUCCCCCGUAUGAUGUCAUGGGCCAGCUGGCUCUGACGUUUUGUAACUGCGACGCCUGGUUUUUUCAAGUGUUAUUUAUACAAUCGUCAACGUAAGCGGACGUCGAAGUAGAACCACGCAAAUUUAGUAUUUCCGAUUCUACAGAACGUGCUGUAAACGUAACUGCUUUGAAUUCGCCUUUAGUAUUUUCUUACAGCAAUUCUUUCUCAAAUAUUGCGUUUUGUGAUAAUACAGAAAACAUUUGAUUUUUUUGCACAAAAAUCGAGAUCUAAGUGUUGCGAUAAUGGAGAUGUAGAAACGAUUCUAUUUCUCGAAAUUGAGAUCUUAGACGUGUCGAACGUAGGAAAUGAUAAUACGAGUGAAAGAGAAAAAAGGACUGAGAAUCGAAGCGAUCAACAAAUAGGACCGCGAUAAGCUAAGACUUUUAACUCAAAACUCGAACUUUUUUAUUUUUGAUUUGUUAUAAAUGAAAAUAUAUGAUCUCAUAUACAAGGUUGUUGAAUUCGUCUUAACAAACACCAUCGUACGUAUUAAGGAAAAAGGAUAUGUGGUUGAAAAAAUAUUAUGUUAUAAUGCUAGUGUACAAGCAUAUAGGACAGAUCCCUAAGUUUAAGCUUAAAUACAUAGGUUCUUGUAUAUGCUAACUCUAGUUUCCUUCACUGUUUGACCGUAUGGCGCAGCACUAGUUCAGGAAUAACCAGGAUCAUAAGCGAGAGCAUUCUCAAUUUCCUCUCUGAUUUAUAUGUUGCGGUCUGUGGUUUGCGGUAUUUUGGAUGAAGUAUAAUGGUCGAAUCAACAUGAGCAAGGACGUUUUUUCUUAACUGUCUUUCCUUUUAAAUAAAUAUUAAUAAGCUAUGUAAAUUUUGCCGUUGACAAUUGAUAUGAUAUGAUCAUGGCGGAAUCUACGAAGACAGAGGAUGAUAAAAUUAAGUGUAACAUUUUAAUCGUCGGAGCUGGAAUGGCUGGAUUAUCAGCUGCAAAUCAUUUACUGAAGAAUCAAGAGACCGAUUUUUUGAUUGUCGAAGCACGAGGUCGCAUAGGUGGGCGUAUAAUCGCUACCAAAAUCGGCAAUGAAAAAGUAGAAUUAGGAGCAAAUUGGAUCCAUGGUGUCCUAGGGAAUCCAAUGUUUGAAUUAGCUAUGGCAAAUGGAUUAAUAGAUAUAGUACAUGUACCAAGGCCUCACAAAGUUGUAGCUGCUAUGGAAGAUGGGAAACAAUUGCCUUUUCCAGUUUUGCAAGAAAUUUAUGAAGCUUAUGUGUGUUUUUUAAGAAGAUGCGAGGAAUAUUUCUUAAGUACUUAUAGCCCCCCAGAUGGAAUAAACAAUGUUGGAGCACAUGUGUCAUUAGAGACUGAAAUUUAUUUAUCAAACUUGCCAUCUGAAGAAAGAAAAAUCAGACAGUUAUUGUUUGAUUGUUUACUCAAAAGAGAAACUUGUAUUACUGGCUGUGAUAGCAUGGAAGAUGUUGAUUUGUUGGAAAUGGGAUCUUAUGCUGAACUUCAAGGUGGAAAUAUUAGUCUUCCAAAUGGAUACAGUGCUAUAUUAGAACCAGUUUCAAAACACAUACCAAAGAGCACCAUUCUAACCAAACAUGUUGUCAAUAAGAUUAGGUGGCAAAGAAACAAAUGCAUGGACAAUGAAAAUUCUAAUAACUGUUCUAAUACAAAUUCAUCUAUCGAAAUACAAUGUGAAAAUGGAAAAACAAUAUUAGCUGAACAUGUGAUUUGUACAUUGCCACUAGGAGUACUUAAGGAAAAAGCUAAUGAUAUAUUUGAACCACCUUUACCAAAUGACAAACUUGAAGCCAUAGAUAGACUUUUAUUUGGUUGUGUAGAUAAAAUAUUUUUAGAAUAUGAAAGACCAUUUUUAAAUCCUGGUGUGUCAGAAGUAAUGCUCCUAUGGGAUGAUAGAGGACUGUCAGAGGAAGAAAAGCAGGACAUCAGUAAAACAUGGUUCAGAAAGAUCUAUUCUUUUACGAAAAUUUCGGAAACUCUAUUACUGGGUUGGAUAUCAGGAAAAGCUGCUGAAUACAUGGAGAAAUUAAGUGGAGCGGAAGUAGCAGAAGUAUGCACAUCAAUAUUAAGGAGAUUUCUUAACGAUCCAUUUGUACCAGCACCAAAAAAUUGUUUGUGCACCUCGUGGCAUUCACAACCAUAUACGCGUGGUUCCUACACUGCUAUGGCUGUUGGCGCAAGUCAAUUAGACAUUAAUCGUUUAGCUGAGCCUAUAUUACAAGAAGAUGAUCCUUCGAAAAUAGUAAUAGCGUUUGCAGGUGAACAUACGCAUUCUUCCUUUUAUAGUACGGUACACGGGGCGUAUUUAACCGGUCGGACCGCUGCGCAAACACUUUUGGAGUCGAGAAAGAACGAAAAGAAUUCAUUGAGUCUCAGUUGCGAAGACACAAGUGAUCUAAGUUCAUGGAUACAAGGAAUUUCUCUAAAUUAAAUAUUAAAAGUUGUUUUAAGAAAAGGUGAAUCGGAAGUUAUUCUCUAUAUUGAAAUUUUCACACAAUUGAGCACAAUUUAUUAUCGUGGUACGAAAAAUAUUUUACACACUGUCGAAAUCGAUGACAAUUGUGAUUUAUAGAUGUUUAGUAUUAACGCGAAAUCUUGUGAACUAUUUUAAUUUUGUAAAUAAUAUAGCGAAUUGUUUAUAUUAUGUACAUAACAACGCCUGUUUAAAAUUUUAAGACUUUAUAAAUAUGUAUUUUGCGAUUUGAUCUACUAUCAUACUUUUCUUCUUAAAUAAUCGAGAAAGGGAUGACAGUCUGAAAAUCGUAUCACGAAAACAUGCUUCAUUUUAUAGGGUCACCAAACAUCAGCUAUACAAAUUUUAUAUAAUUAAUGCUAUCAUAAGUUCUUUUUAUCCUUAAUAGAAAUUCAGACAAUUCAGUGAUCGCUAAUCAUUGGCAUUAAAUAAUGAAUUGAUUUCUAUCUAUCUAUGACUAAAACAAAGCGAAUGUAACAUGAUCUUACUUUGACAAAGAAAUAAAAUUAAACUUCUAUAUUUGCAUAGCAAAUUUAGUAAUGUUUGUUAUUAUAUCUAUAAAUAUAUCUACGACUAUAUAUAGAUGAUAAUGGAAAAAAUAUCAAAAUUGUUGUUUUAUCGAAGUUAUUCUUAUUUCUGCAUUUUUAUAUGCUAUUAUUUGAAAGUAUUAUUAUAAAGUGCAUUUUAUCUAGUCAUAUUACGUUAUUAUGCAUUAUAGUUUUUAAAUAUGUGACAAAAAUAUCUUUUAUCUUUUAUAUGUUUCCUUUUAAUGCAAAUAAUGUAUCAGCUUAUAAUAAAACCAAUCAGUGAUCUACACUAUGAAUCAGUCCUGCAUAUCCAUUUUGCAAACAAGACAAUAGAAAUAUGUAGGUGACCAUAAAUUAUGUUUAAAAUGUGAUAGAAUUCCUUGCAAUACUAUUGUUUUCUUACGUACAUUUAAUAUUAUUCUAAGAUUCUUUUUAAUACAUAUUACAGAUUUUUAACAUCCUAAAUAUACACUUAUUUUUCUGCAACUGCCACUUAAUAUUAUUCAUGACAACGCAAAUCGAAAUGUAAUUGAUAAAACCAAAAAAAUGUUAUAUUAUGCACAGAUAGAAUUACGAUUGAAAUAAAUAAUUUUCAGUAAUUA